UGAUAUCAGUUUAUCACUUCGCUGCUCCGAUAGUAUCGGGAAGCAUCCGAUGGAGCCCACUCUUGGCCAUUACGUGAGUAUGUCAUGAAUAUCCAGAGGCUGAUAUAUCUGUUUCUAUGAACCACUUCUCUUUCGUCCUUGGAGAUUAAUCUUUCUCUUUCUGUGUUUCUAUCUUUCACUUAAAGAUACCCAGUGUACCACUCUCGCUUGAAACCUCUCCAACCUUUUCUCAAAGACAAGUUUCACCACACCCGCAAGAUGACUGAGCCAUACCGCCUCACCGCAAGCGAGGCUCUCGCCCAAAUGCAAUCUGGUAGCCUCACAGUGGGGUCUUACGCCAAAUCCCUCCUCUCCCGAAUCAAAGAUCGAGAUCACGUGGUCAAAGCAUGGGCAUAUCUCGAUCCCGAAUUUGUUCUCGCACAGGCGAAGAAACUGGAUCAAAUACCAGCCGAGAAAAGAGGUCCUUUGCAUGGUAUUGCCGUUGGUAUUAAAGAUGUGAUUUUGACGAAAGACAUGCCAACAGCCCACAACUCCCCAAUCUACAAAGGCGAACCCGCACCGUUGGUUGAUGCAGCGCCAGUAAUCACUCUGCGAGCAGCGGGAGCUCUAAUCUUCGGCAAAACAACAACAACCGAAUUCGCAUCCACAGUCGAUGGAGGACCAUCCACCAACCCUCACGACCACACCCGAACGCCCGGCGGCUCGUCCUCAGGCUCCGGUGCUGCAGUCGGAGAUUUCCAGGUCCCAAUAGCUCUCGGCACCCAAACAGGCGGAAGCACCAUCCGCCCCGGCUCCUUCAACGGCAUCUGCGCCUUCAAACCAACCUGGGGUGCCAUCUCGCGCGAAGGCCUAGCGCAAUACAGCAUGACGUGCGAUACACUUGGUCUCUAUGCUCGUUCGGUCGAGGAUCUUCAACUCUUGGCUAAAGUCUUUCAACUUAAAGACGAUGAAGCGAUUCCUGAAAAGGGGUUCGAGAUCAAGGGGAAGAAAAUAGCGUUUGUGAAAACGCAUGUGUGGCCGAAGGCGGGGAAGGGGACGAAAGAGGCGUGGGAGAAGGCAAAGGGGUUGCUUGAGGGAGAGGGGGCGAGUGUUGAGGAGGUGGAGUUACCGGGGGAGUUUGAGAAGGUUAAGGACUGGCAUGCUAAUGUGCUUUCUGGGGAGGGGAGGACUUCGUUUUUGGGGAAUUACCUCCUAGCUAAAGAGAAAAUGCACCAAAGCUUCCACGACCAUGUCGAGAACGCAACGAAGUUAUCUAGGAAAGCGCAAUUGGAGGCUUACGAUGGAUGCGCGAAGUUGAGACCCGUGUGGGAUGAGAUCGCGGCAAAGUAUGAUGCAGUUUUUACGCCGAGUGUGGUGGAUGAGGCGCCGGUGGGGAUUGAGAGGACGGGUGAUGCUUCAUUCUGCUCAAUGUGGACCAUUCUUCAGUGUCCAGCACUUAAUGUACCAGGUUUUGCGGGCGAGAAUGGGUUGCCAAUUGGGUUGACGUUGGUUGGGGGUCGGUAUAUGGAUGAGCAUGUCUUGUAUGCUGCGAAGGCGAUUGGAGAGGUUUUUGAGAGAGGGGGAGGAUUUGUUUCGAAGUUGGUGUAGGGUUGAGGAUAUUAUAUGGGAUGAUUGACAACAGUAAGAAUGGUGACAACAAUAUCACGCAAACCACACUGGAAGGACAUUUAUGUUUCGUCUUGACGAAGUAUAUCCACCCUUUGAGUGGAGUAACGGUCGCCAUGGCCCGGGCAGCAGGACAUGUGUAGAGGUGAUAAUUCCAGAAUCAGAUGUUG